UUCCCUUCUCUUCAACUGUGCGCACUAAUUUCCAAGCCUAUGGGGCUAUUUUCCAGUUUUGCUAAGGGGUGAUGCCAAGGGAAGGGUGCGCUCCAGCCAAUCUAGAUUGGUCAAGCAGCGCUUGAAAAGUGAACUUGAAACUCGCUCCUCCCCAAAAGCCGCCUCCCCAUUGGAGCGCUUCUCUCCAAGGAAAACGCGCCGGCCAAUUGGCAGCCAGGAGGGGCUAUAAAGGCGCCGAACUCCAGAAACCUGGAGCGCGCCUUGAGGAGAAAGGGCAAUUUUGGAAGCGAAAAGCAGCUUUGUUGGAAGAGAGCGAGGCAGCGCUUUUGCAAGAUGAAAACUACCGGCCGAGGAAGAAGCUACCCCAAAGUCGGUGGAGAUAGGAGAAAAAGGACCGUUUUCACCCCUGCCCAAAUCGAGCUUUUAAAGAAGGCGUUUGAAGAGAACCAGUACCCCGGAUACGAGACCAGGGAGGCUCUGGCGAGGUGCAUCGGAGUCGAAGAAGAUCGUGUGCACAUCUGGUUUCAAAACAGAAGGGCCAGAACACCAAAGAGGAUAGGUUCCAGGAUAAGGAUCGGGAACCAUGCUGCAGCUCCUUAUAGCCACAGUGAGAGAACCUGUCCAAGAAGCAGCCUGGACAGCAGCCCGAGAAGCAGUCGAGGAAACCUCCAAAAUAUUCACACGCAACAACAUUACCAGCCACAGAACUUUCAUUAUGCUGAAAGCUAUGGAGGAGCAGGGUUGUGGCAGCCACCUCUCAACAACACGCAAGCAGGAGAGUAUGCCCCGCAACAGCAGAGCUCCCUGGAAUUGAACCCUGCUUAUUACCAGCAAGCUCCUUUUUUUUGUGGAACUGGGCUUUGUGAGACUUCCCAGGCGAGCAACUGCCCAGUUCCAUAUUACGGUGCGGAGAUGGUGAGGCAGCCUCCACCAUCAUCUAGUAACUUCUUCAUGGCAUCAAGCAGUUAUACUCCCUGGUCUGCAACGGGGAAUUAUUCAGCUACAAAUCCUGUACAAAUGCAGAAUGUUGAUGGAAGUGCUUCGGACUCUCAGUUUUUCUCUUUAAGUCAGGUUCCAAAUUAG